UCUUCAAUAAUUUAGUGUUUCUUGGGUCUUAGUUGUAUUUUUCUCUUUUCUGCUGCAGCUGUUUUCUAUUAUUACUAUGAAAAGACUUUAGGUUUUUCAAAGAGAACUGGCACUGUAUGAGAAAUCUUUAGAUGUGAUGAUCGUAAGAUCCACAAGGUGGCGGUAAUGCAAUGACAUGAAUGAACGACAGUCAUAAAAUCCCAAAGAAGAAGAAGAAGAAGACAAAGAAAAUGGCGCAUGGUCUGUUUGGUUGAAUGUUCGACUGUUUCUCUAAACGAGUUUAUCAACGAGCCGUUAACUGCUGCUGAAGAAACAUUCACAGAGUUUAAAGAAAUCAUCGUCAAGUCGGAGGAAGAGAUGGAUGAUCAUCGCAGACUGCUGGAUUUCUCCCGGAGGCCCCAGAUAAUCUUACACCGAAUAGAUUCCCUGCAGUGUAACGUUUAUAACCAGGAGAGGAGAUCCACUCUGGACCAGGAGGAGUCAGAACCUCUGCAGGUGAAACAAGAACAAGAAGAGCCAGAAGAUCAGCAGAUAAAAUUAGAGAAGGAGGAUCUAGAAUAUCUGCAGAUAAAAGUGGAUGAAAAAGAAGGUUACAACAGUCAGGGUGAUGAACAGCUUGAGCUAAAACAGGAGACUGAUAUCUGCAUGAUGGUUCCUGUUUAUGAACAAACAGACCACACUGAAUCAGAACCAAACAGGAACCAAGACAUCUUCCAGGAAGCUGCUGCAGCUGAGAACCAAAAUCAGGAAAGAAGAAAACCUUUCUCAUGUGUCAUUUGUGAAAAGCGUUUUGCUUUCAGAGCUGCUUUUGAGGCUCACAUGAGAACUCAUACGGGUGAAAAGCCAUUUUCAUGUAUGACUUGU